CAGAAACCCAUAAAAAAUAGUACACUUCUUUGUUGUGAAUCAGAGUGAAGACAAAUAAACUUAGAAACUUGUCCUUUUUUUAAUACUCCAUACUCUUUCAUUCGGUUUUUACUUAGACGAGUGGCUUAUACUUCUACAUGCAUUCGCUGUUGUUGUUCACUCAUCUAUCUAUCCAUCCUCUUCUCUCCUAACCAAACCCUAGAAGUUUCUUUUCAUUUCUAUAAAACCCAUUGAUUAGCAAAGAAAAAAUUAACAAGAAACAUAAAAUGGAGAAUGGUAAUGGUAAUGGGGUUCAUAAGAAAUGGGGUUUCAGCGCAAAUGAUGAGAUCGAUUCAGCUUCUGGUAUUACAAUUAGAGGAGUUCUGAAUAGUCUAAUGAAUUCUAGAAACCCGGAAGAUGAAAGACCAACUAUUCCUCUUGGUCAUGGUGAUCCUUCCGCUUUUCCAUGUUUUAGAACAACUCAGAUUGCUGAAGAUGCUAUUGUUGAUUCACUUCGUUCUGCUAAGUUUAAUGGUUAUUCACCUACUGUUGGAAUUCUUCCUGCUAGAAGGUCUAUAGCAGAUUAUCUAUCUCGUGAUCUUCCAUACAAGCUAUCACCUGAUGAUGUUUUUCUCACUAUUGGUUGCACACAAGCAAUCGAGAUUGCAAUGAUGGUAUUCGCUUGUCCUGGUGCUAAUAUAUUGCUUCCUAGACCUGGAUUUCCAUAUUAUGAGGCAUGUGCUGGUUUUAGAAAUCUUGAAUAUCGGCAUUUUGAUCUUCUACCAGAGAAGGGUUGGGAGGUCGACCUUGAAGCUGUAGAAGCUCUCGCUGAUGAGAAUACCGUUGGAAUGGUUAUAAUCAACCCAGGAAACCCUUGUGGAAGUGUCUACACGUAUGAGCAUCUGAAGAAGAUUGCUGAGACUGCAAAGAAACUCGGAAUUCUAGUUAUCUCGGAUGAAGUUUAUGGUCAUCUCACAUUUGCCAGUAAUCCAUUUGUGCCAAUGGGAGUUUUUGGGUCAAUAGUCCCUGUCCUUACACUUGGGUCCAUAUCAAAGAGAUGGAUAGUACCUGGUUGGCGACUUGGUUGGCUUGUUACCAGUGAUCCCAAUGGCAUUCUUAAAGAAACAAAGGUUGUUGACUCCAUUAUAAGCUGCCUCAAUAUUUCUGGUGACCCUGCGACUUUUAUCCAGGCUGCCAUCCCUCAGAUUAUUGAGAAAACAACAGACGAUUUCUUCAGCAAGGUUAUUACUAUUCUGAGGAAAUCUGCUGAAAUUAUCUAUGAUCAAAUUAAGGAAAUCGACUGCAUUACUUGUCCCCACAAACCAGAAGGAUCCAUGUUUGUGAUGGUAAAGUUCAAUUCAACUCUUAUGGAAGACAUAAAGGAUGACAUGGAGUUCUGUUUCAAAUUAGCUAAAGAGGAAUCCCUCAUUAUACUGCCAGGAACUGCGGUUGGAAUGAAAAAUUGGCUGCGGAUAACAUUUGCUGUUGAACCAACAUCUCUACAAGAUGGUCUUCUGAGGUUAAAAGCUUUCUGCCAGCUAUAUGCCAAGAAAUAAAUAUACAUAUAAUUACUCAACAGUAGCAAUAAUCCGCGGUUGAUAAGUGAUAACGAUUGUUAUCCCAUAUGCAUAUGGAGACGUGGACGCUCUAUGAAUAUCAUUUAUAGUCCUCUGUUUCCGUUAGUUAAGUUGUUGCAAGUAUCUGCUAGUUUUAGCCCUGCCCUCUAACAUUGUAGAGGAAGGAGCCAUGUUUCAGGUUUAAAUGUAUGUUACAAAGAACGUUGUCAUAUUCUAAUAGCAAUCCCAAGUAGCUCAUAACUUUUCUGUGUUCAA